CAGCGUGAGAGCAGGAGCCAACAUGGAAGAGCUUGAUUUGCUGCUGGAGGAGCUGGCCUUGAAUUCUGAGCAUUCAGAGGGCACUGGUGAGAACAGAAGCAACAAUCAAGCUGAUGGAGCGGUGCGGGGUGAAGUUUAUGGUGGUGUGAAAAAAAAAGGAGAAAACCCAGUCAGCUCAAAUGUUUACAGUGACCUGCCUGCUCCUGUGGCAGCAUCCCCAACCCCAGACUCACCCACUAGGGAGCUGGAUCUCAUCCUGGAGGAUUUCAUGACUCUGGGAGAAGAGGAUCCAGAAUCGUCUCAAACUCCUCCACCUCUGAUUCAAAAGCAACAGAACAAAAAGAAAAAUGAGGUUGGUCAACAGGAAAAUAGUAGCAGCACAGCAGCUUCAGGAGCAAAACCCUCAACAACAAAUAAGAAGGCAGACUCCAUAGAUGACCUGCUUGGGGGACUGAGCUCUGAUCUGGAGAAGAUUGGUGUGCAAACCACAGCCAAGGGUCACUGUGCCUCCUGCAACAAAUGCAUUGUUGGAAAGAUGAUCACUGCGCUGGGUGAAGUGUGGCACCCUGAGCACUUUGUGUGUGUGGCGUGUAAGAUGGAGCUGAGCACAACAGGCUUCUUUGAGAGGGAGGGACGGCCGUACUGUGACCAGUGCUACCAUAAGCUCUUCUCUCCUCGCUGUGCUUACUGCAAGGGGCCAAUCAUGAAAAACAUCCUGACAGCUCUGGAUCAGACCUGGCACCCUGAGCAUUUCUUCUGCACACACUGUGGAGACCUGUUUGGAUCUGAAGGUUUCCUAGAAAAGGGCGGGAAGCCAUAUUGUUGCAGGGACUUCUACCACCUCUUUGCUCCAAAGUGCUCUGGCUGUGGAGAGUCAGUGAGGGAGAACUACCUGACUGCAGCCAAUGGCACCUGGCAUCCAGAGUGCUUUGUGUGCGCGGAUUGUCUGAAGCCCUUCACUGAUGGCUGUUUCAUGGAGUUGGAUGGCCGACCCCUCUGCGUACUGCACUUCCACUCCCGGCAGGGGACUGUGUGUGGAGGCUGUGGUGAGCCCAUCACAGGCCGCUGCAUCUCUGCUCUCGAUCGCAAGUUUCACCCUGAGCACUUUGUGUGUGCCUUCUGUCUGCGAAAGCUCAGCCAGGGCGUCUUCAAAGAGCAGAAAGGGAAACCGUACUGCUCGACCUGCUUCGACAAACUCUUUUUGUGACCAACAAAAACAAACCCUUAAUUCUUGAUCCUUAUUAAGAUAAUUAUUCACAUGAAUGACACAUUUAUAUGAGGCAACUAUAUUUUUCUCACAUUGCCUAAUUAUAUUUGCAUUAGCACAAAUGAGAAAUAAAUUUUUUACUUCUGUAGUACCUGACACUUUAACUGAUUUUAGAAGCCAAUAUGAUGGAUUACAAUUCACAAGUGUAUUUAAAUAUAAAUUACAACUGAAAUUAUAAAUGGAUUAUGUAAAAAUACCAAGGGAAAAGGCUUACACUGUACCAUUAUUAACUAUAUGGUCAUAAAACACAUGGAAAACACCCAUGUUAAAAAACUGGAGAGACUUUUCACAUGUGUGAUAUUUGGAUGGUUCUCGGGCUAACUUAGAGGGAUUUCAUAUUUCAUGACGACAUAAAAUGUGUAAACAGAGAAAGAAAAACACAGAGAAGCAGUUUUAAUCCAUGGUUUCCAUUAAAUGAUCCUCCGUUUGCCACCAGGCUUGGCAGAGUGCAGAUCCUCUCUGCAACGUGGAGCAGUUGUCUGUGUAGGUGAUAGCUUGUAUUGGCAGAGACUGGCACAAAACAGGCGUGCCAGCCCGAGUUUCCUCUUACUCUGACUUACCAUUUGGCCCCUGGCAUACUUAUAGGAUUCAAACAGGCUCUUCAUUCUCCACACUGGCUCCUUUGUAGAUGCCUAUGGAAGAUUAAUGAAGGUGUUGAGAUGGACAAAGGUGGUUUCAGAGGGAGACUUGCAUCACUGCAUCUUUUAGUAGCUCAUGUUAAUUGCUGAGAGAUAAAUCCGUCCUGCAGUGUUCAAGACCUUUAUGUUUGCUGAUGAACACUGUAGAUAUGUGCCCAUUUGUUGACUGAUGUAUUACUUAUACCUUCUAUUAAGUUUUUAAUGUAAUAUGUAUGUUGAGGUGAGGUUUAUUUGAUGGUAUGAUUUUGUUAUGGUUUGUUUUUGCAGUGUUUAAAUGUUCUUGCCUUUUUCUAAAACUGUAAACAUUCAGUUAAUUGAAGGUAUGCACAAAGCUUCAAAAAUCACACAAAACUCUCUUAGACAUAAUACUACCUUGUAUGUAAUUGUCAUAUAGAUAUAUUGCUAAAGCUGCUUCAGUAGCCAUUUUUUCAAAUGUAUACAGUGCUUAACAAAUUUAUUAGACCACCACCCAAAGUAAGGUUUAUGCCACAGCAGCCCUAAAUUAACAGCAUUGGUAAUUACCAAAAUCUUUUUUUAUGCUU